AUGCACGUGGACGUGAACGUGAACGUGAACGUGGACGUGGACGUGAACGUGGACGUGGACGUGAACGUGGACGUGAACGUGAACGUGGACGUGAACGUGAACGUGAACGUGGACGUGGACGUGAACGUGGACGUGAACGUGAACGUGGACGUGGACGUGCACGUGGACGUGAACGUGGACGUGGACGUGAACGUGGACGUGGACGUGAACGUGGACGUGAACGUGGACGUGGACGUGGACGUGGACACAUGGUCGUGGACCUUGACGUGGACGUGGUCGUGGUCGUGGACGUGGUCGUGGACGUGGACAUGGACGUGGACGUGGACGUUGACGUGGACGUGGACGUGGACAUGGACGUGGACGUGGACGUGGACGUGGACGUGGUCGUGGACAUGGACGUGGACGUGGACGUGGACGUGGACGUGGACGUGGGCGUUGGCGUGGGCGUGGACGUGGACGUGGACGUGGACGUGGACGUGGACGUGGGCGUUGACGUGGUCGUGGACGUGGUUGUGGACGUGGACGUGGACGUGA